CUUUUCUGUUUUAGAUUUAAAAUGAAAACUCGUUUUACAACGAUUGAUAUUAUAUCAAUCGUUGAAGAACUCCAACAGUAUGUUGGAUACAGGGUGAACCAGGUGUAUGAUAUAGAUAAUAAAACCUAUCUGAUAAAACUACAGAAACCAGAAUGUAAGGCAGUUCUACUUAUUGAAUCAGGAACAAGGAUUCAUACAACAGAGUUCGAAUGGCCGAAAAAUCCUGCACCCAGCGGAUUCUCUAUGAAAUUGCGAAAACACAUUAAUAAUAAGAGACUGGAGAAGAUUUCCCAGAUGGGAGUUGACAGAGUGCUAGAUAUACAGUUUGGUGCUGGCGAUGCAUCAUAUCAUCUCAUUUUGGAAAUGUAUGACCGAGGAAACCUGGUUCUAACUGACCAUGAGUAUUUGAUCAUGAAUAUACUCAGACCAAGGGUGGCGGGGGAGGAGAAAUUUCUAGUUCGUGAGAGCUAUCCUGUUGAGCUGGCUAAGCAAGAAUACAGUAAACUAGAUGAGAAAAACCUGUUGAACCUACUGAAGAGUGGUAAACCUGUAGAUACAGUCAAGAAGAUCGUCAUGCCGCACUUCGAGUACGGUCCUAGUCUACUGGAGCAUAUUUGCUUAGAAAAUGGAGUGACUAUAAACAGUAAACUGAAGGAUUUUAACUUGGAGACUGAUUUUCCUCGCCUUCUUGCAGCGUUCACAUCACUAGACAACUUCUUCAAAACUGCAGCAAGGAACGGAGUAAUAGUUCAAAAAGCUGAGACACGGCCUAAAGCUGACGGGUCAACUGAGGGUUUUUUCACAUUCCAGGAAUUCCAUCCGUACCUGUACAAGCAGCAUAGUAAUAGUUCUAUACUAGAGUUUCCUUCAUUCAACUCUGCUUGUGAUACCUUCUUCUCUCAGGUUGAAGCACAGAAGAUAGAGAUGAAAAGUAUACAGCAGGAGAAGAAUGCUUUGAAGAAACUAGAGAAUGUAAAAAAGGACCAUGAGACAAGGAUUAGAUCCCUUCAAGAAAUACAGGCGGCUGACCGGCGUAGGGGAGAGCUGAUUGAGAUGAAUAAUGGUGUGGUAGAGAACGCGAUCAAGGUGGUGGUGAGUGCUGUAGCUAAUCAGAUACCUUGGGACCAGAUCAAGGAGAUUAUCAAAGAAGCAACUGAUGCUGGUGACCCAGUAGCUUCUAGAAUAAAGCAGUUAAAACUAGAAGUUAACCAUAUAGUUCUUCUUCUAACUGACCCAUAUGCGCAUUUAGAUGAAGAUUCAGAUAAAUCAGAAUCUGAGUCUGAAGCAAGAGAACUCCUGGUAGAGAUAGACUUAGAUCUCAGUGCGCAAGCGAAUGCGCGAAAAUACUAUGUACAGAAGAAAGCAGCCGGCACUAAGGAGAAGAAGACAGUAGAAUCUGGAACAGUUGCUUUAAAAAGUGCAGAGAAGAAGACAAAACAGACCCUAAAGGAGAUGGCAACAAUCUCGAACAUCAACAAGGCGAGGAAAGUCUACUGGUUCGAGAAAUUCUUCUGGUUUAUUACUAGCGAAAACUUUCUUGUCAUAGGUGGAAGAGAUGCCCAGCAGAAUGAGCUAAUUGUAAAACGGUACAUGAGGGAGGGAGAUAUUUAUGUACAUGCAGAUUUACACGGAGCUUCAAGCAUUGUUAUUAAGAAUCCAACAGGGAGUCCUGUUCCUCCGAAAACUCUGAAUGAAGCUGCACAAUUUGCAGUUUGCUUCUCUGCUGCUUGGGAUAGCAAGGUCAUCACCUCUGCUUACUGGGUAUAUCCAGAUCAGGUUUCUAAAACUGCUCAAACAGGAGAAUAUUUGACGGUUGGUAGCUUCAUGGUUCGAGGGAAGAAGAACUAUAUGCCCCCCGCCAACCUUGUCAUGGGUUUUGGAUUCCUGUUCAAACUUGAAGAGUCUUCAGUAGAGAGGCAUAAGAAUGAAAGGAGGGUUCGAGGCCUGGAGGAUACUAUGUCAGUUGUCAGUCAAUCCACAGAUAUUGGGACUGUUGAUGACCUUGAGGCUACCAAGGACGGGGAGGAGGAUCAAGAAAUAGAGUUAGAGGACGGAGACUCUUCAGAGGAUGAAGAGAAGAAGGAAAUCAUGGAUUCCAUACCAGAGGAAGCUAGCAUAGAGGAUGAAGAGGACGAUGAGAAAGUAAAGGACGAUGAGAAAGUAGAGGAAGAUGAUAAAGUAGAGGACGAUGAGAAAGUAGAGGGCAAUGAGAACGCAGAUCAGGAAGAAAAGAAUUAUGAGAUGGAAGAAGUGGAAAAUGAGAGAAAAUUUUCAGAUUUGUCUGUGAAUUCCGGAAGUUCCGGAAACCCUCAAGACAAGUCUAAUGAUGAUGAGGCUAAGAAGGAAAUUAAGGAUGAAGAACUGGAUCAAUUUCCAGAUACAAGUUUAAAAGUAGAAUUCAAUAGAUCUGGGAGUGUAGAAGUAAAGUUAAAAUCCACCGAAUCUACCCAAAAACCGGUUUUGAGCAGUCAAAAAUCCGGGAAACCAGAAAAGGGUAAAAAGCCUCCGCUGGCGGGGGUAAAAGAAGAAGCGAAGGAGGAGAAGAAGGGAGGACAGGUGCGAGGGAAAAAGGGGAAGAAUAAGAAGAUCAAGGAGAAGUACAAGGACCAGGAUGAAGAGGAGAGGGAGAUGAGAAUGAAAAUUCUUCAGAGCGACGGUAAAGAGAAGGAAAAGAAAAGCAAGAAGAAAAAUCAGAAAACAGUUAUUAAACCUCAAAUCAGAGAAAAGAGACCACCACCACAGAAGGAACAGAAUAGUUUAAUAAUGUUUAAUAAUAAACCAGGGGGAGGGGAAGGGGGAGAUGGAGGGGAGGGAGGGGAGGAAGAGGAGAAGGAGAAAGUCGUCGUCAAUGACGAGACCGACAUGCUCGAUAGCUUGACAGGAAUACCAGUACUUGAGGAUGAACUAUUAUUUGCUGUACCUGUAUGUGCUCCCUACAGUACACUUAUAAACUACAAAUAUAAAGUAAAACUAACGCCUGGAACUGGGAAGCGAGGAAAGGCCUGUAAAACUGCUUUAAGUAUGUUUACACUGGAUAAAUCUGCAUCACCAAGAGAGAAGGAUUUAUUUAAAUCCGUGAAAGACCAAGAUAUAGCGAGGAAUAUUCCCGGGAAAGUUAAACUCUCUGCUCCUCAUCUUCAAAAAGUGAAAGGGAAAAAAUAAUUGUUUUUUUUUCUUGAAAAAAUAUAUUUUUGCAUUCCAAAA